AUGACACCGCCGCAUAACGUGGACCACGUCUCAUCCGCAUACAACAAUGAAGCGGCAGACUGGAUCGAAUCUCUCCGACCGCCACCAGCUCCGCGUCUCUUCUCCCGUUCAUCCUACGCAUCCUACGCGUCCAAGGCCUCCAGAACCUCCAAACGAUCCUUCUUCUCUCACACAACUUCCUGCUUCGAAGCCGACGACGAACGAUCCGAUACCACCUCGUUAGUCGACUGGAUCACCACCACCAUGUCCGGCAGGAUCAGUCCUGCCAACGCCGGCGACAAUGGUCCUGGCGACCAUAACAGCGAUUACCUAUACGACUACGACGACACUGACAGAGAGAGCGACUUGCCUCCCGCACGAUACCCCGGUGACGACACUCGCCCCACUAGCCAGAAGGAACUCGCGGGAUGGUAUGCCUAUGCCUUCGCUGCUGAGGUCUAUGUUAUUUGCGGUAUCGGUUCUUUCAUCCCAAUUCUCCUAGAAAGUUUAGCCCGCGAAAAUGGCGUCCUCCUCUCCGACCGAUCGAAACCAUGCGGUUCCAGCUCCGAUAAGCAUGCGACCGCCGCCGAAGGACAAUGCGUCGUCUACGUAUUGGGCAUGGAAAUUAACACGGCGAGCUUCGCCAUGUACACCUUCAGCGUCAGCGUCCUGCUGCAGGCCUUGUUGGUCGUCAGCAUAAGUUGCGCGGCGGACCAUGGCAACUUUCGGAAGAAGCUUCUGCUGGCCUUUGCGUGGAUUGGAAGCAUUUCUGUUAUGGCCUACAUUUUCAUCAGCAAGGACACCUACCUCAUUGGCGCGCUGCUGGCCAUCGUUUCGAAUACCUCACAUCAUCCCGAGAUCAGUCAUGCUGGAGAUUAUGGCUCGCCAGGGUACGCGACUACCGAAGAUGGCGACGAUGAGGAUGAUGAAUACAGGGAGGACAGCAUGCGCAACUCGACGACUGCCUUGCUUGGGAGUCGAACGUACGAUGAGGGCGAACCGCUCUCUCGAGUCCAGACGACUGAGGAGCUGACCUCACGCGAACUGGAAUUAUCUACGCAGAUCUCGGCCAAGGGUAUCGGUAUCGGUUACAUCGCCGGUUUGUUCCUGCAGUGCGUCGCCAUCGGCAUCCUGAUCGUCCUGAAGAAUACCACUUGGUCGCAGCGGAUCGUUCUUUGUGUCAUCGGCGCAUGGUGGGCCAUCUUCACCAUCCCAGCUGCCAUGUGGUUACGACCUCGCCCCGGACCCCCUUUGCCUACCAAGUCCAACUCCGGCGGCAUUCGGGCCUUGUUUCACUACACCAUCUACGCCUGGAAGUCCCUCUUCCGCACCGUCCAGCUCGCCCGGCGGCUAGUAGACAUUGUCCUCUUCCUCGCCGGCUGGUUCCUUCUUUCGGACGCCAUUGCCACUACCUCUUCGACCGCCAUCCUGUUCGCCAAAACCCAACUGCACAUGGAACCCUGGGCGUUGGGCAUGAUCAACGUCAUCUCUACUGCCUCAGGCAUCAUUGGCGCUUUUUCCUGGUCCUUCAUCUCCCGAAAAUUCCGGCUCAAAGCCCACCAGACCAUUCUGGCUUGCAUCGCCCUGUUCGAACUCAUCCCUUUGUACGGCCUAAUGGGCUACCUCCCCUUUGUCCAAGCCUGGGGCGUCGGCGGCUUGCAACAACCAUGGGAGAUGUACCCCCUGGCCGCCAUCUACGGAUUCGUCCUCGGCGGAUUGUCAGGCUACUGCCGCUCUUUGUACGGCGAGCUCAUCCCUCCCGGAUCCGAGGCUGCUUUCUAUGCUCUUUAUGCUAUCACCGAUAAAGGGUCAAGCGUGUUUGGACCGGCGAUUGUGGGCGCGAUUAUUGAUGCGUCUGGAGAAAUCAGACCGGCGUUCUGGUUCUUGGCCGCCAUCGUGGGCACGCCGGCGCUGUUUAUCUGGUUCAUCAAUGUGGAGAGGGGAAGGACGGAGGGUGAGGCUUUGGCGGAAGUUAUUGAGGGAUUCAAGCAGACUGGACUGAAUGGGAGUGGAAAUGGGUUCAACGGGGAUGGGUUGGCGGAUGAGAGGAGGGGGAGUGAUGCUAGUAGGGCGAUUUUGGGGAGGUAUGAUGAUGAAGAUGAUGAGUGA